CAGCUCCACCCCUCUCAUUCCCUUUUCCCCUCCCCGGCAGCGCGGCGGCGGCAGCGGCUGCUGCUACACCGGGUAGGUUUCCAGUCAGUAUGGCCGCUCCUGCUGCUGCUGGGGAAGGUCGAGGGAAAGUUUUCGUGCACAGCGGCCGCUUGACACCCAGUUCGUAAGGCGUCCGGCCUCCAGGCCUCUCCUGGGGCGGGAGCGGGACAGAGCUCCGGCAGGGCGAGAAAAAGGCGCCUCAGGAAGGGAGUGAAAAUCCUCCCCCCUCCCUUUCGCAGCCACCUGCAGUCCCGACUCUUGGUCGCCCGCGGUUCCACCGGCCUUCGCCCUCCCAGUUUCCUGAGGAGAUUCUGCCGCCGUUUGCCCCGAGACCUCCUCAGCGAGAGCCGCCGGAUGGCUUCCUCCUCUUUCCCCGAUAAGUUAUCUGCGCUGGUUUAAGAGUCCCUCGGCGGAAGGGACCCCAGUGGAGCCCUGCUUUUCAUCCGACGUCCGCAUCUGGCUGACCAGCCUCCUGUCCGUUUCUCUCUCCGCUCGAGAGAGACCCGUGGUAUUCGCUGGCUCGGAUAUGUGGCCAGGUGUAUUGCGCUAAGAUGUAUGGGGAAAUACUUGCAUUUCCUUCAUGAUCGCACUGGGGUUUCCGUUGGCUCCUUGAAUAUUGGAGUCUGGGCCUAUGCUGCCUAGGGAGGGGGGGGAGAACCUUUUUUUUUGUUUUUGUUUUAGCAAGGCAUCCUCCCUUUUCUGAUCCUGCUGAUGUGUGAACGGAUGAACCACAGACUUAUCCCUGGAUCGUUCUCCAGUUCUUAACUCCUCUCUUGUAAAACCUCUUUGAGUCCCUCUCUCUUGAAAUUUUUUAUUGCUCCUCUGGUGAAGAAAAGCUUGGGCAGUGAUUACGGAAGAGGAUAAGAGUGCUGCGUAUGGAUAAGAGUGCUGUGUACAUCCCAAACAAGUAUUUUUUGGGUGAGUCAUUCACUUGGAUUUACAACUAUCUCCACCUUAAUUUGAACAAGUUUUGUUUCUUUUUGGAGUGGUCAUAUGCUUGUUCACAUCAUUGAGGGAGAUGGAUUAAAGUGGAACUACUUAAACUUGCUACAGACCUUUUUUAAAGAAAGCAAUGGGGCUUCUCUGUUGGAUUAUUGCCUGCGUUAGUUCACAGACUGGAGGUAUGAGUUGUUAGAUCUUGAUGGCAGGUAAUGUUUGUCCUGCUUUAAUGUGAAGUAUAGUGGGAGCUUUGCUUAUCAACUGUGGAGGGGAGCUUGGAUCAAGAAGAGUUUCUCUUCUUUCCUGAUUGGUGUGGCACCACAUAUCUAUCCUCAAUGCCUUCAGCCUUGGCUAUCUUUACUUGCCGCCCGAACUCUCAUCCAUUUCAAGAACGCCAUGUCUACCUGGAUGAGCCUGUCAAAAUUGGACGAUCAGUGGCUCGAUGUCGACCAGCUCAAAAUAAUGCCACCUUUGACUGUAAAGUCCUGUCUCGGAAUCAUGCACUUGUCUGGUUUGACCACAAGACUGGAAAGUUCUAUCUUCAAGACACUAAGAGCAGUAAUGGUACCUUUAUAAAUAGCCAGAGAUUGAGCAGAGGAUCUGAAGAGAGCCCACCAUGUGAAAUUCUGUCUGGAGAUAUUAUACAGUUUGGUGUAGAUGUAACAGAGAACACACGAAAAGUCACUCAUGGAUGCAUUGUCUCAACAAUAAAACUAUUUCUCCCUGAUGGUAUGGAAGCUAGGCUACGGUCAGAUGUCAUCCAUGCUCCAUUACCAAGUCCUGUUGAUAAGGUUGCUGCUAACACUCCCAGCAUUUACUCUCAGGAACUGUUUCAGCUUUCUCAGUAUCUUCAGGAGGCCUUACAUAGAGAACAAAUGUUAGAACAGAAGUUGGCCACCUUACAGCGUUUGCUAGCUGUAACACAAGAGGCAUCAGAUACAAGCUGGCAGGCUUUGAUAGAUGAAGAUAGACUUCUAUCAAGGUUAGAGGUUAUGGGAAACCAGUUACAAGCUUGUUCAAAAAAUCAAACAGAAGAUAGUUUACGGAAAGAACUUAUAGCAUUACAAGAAGACAAAUAUAAUUAUGAGACAACUGCCAAAGAAUCCCUGAGGCGGGUCCUUCAGGAAAAAAUUGAAGUGGUCAGAAAACUCUCAGAAGUAGAGAGAAGUUUAAGUAACACGGAAGAUGAAUGUACUCACUUGAAAGAAAUGAAUGAACGGACUCAGGAAGAAUUGCGGGAACUAGCUAACAAAUACAAUGGAGCUGUAAAUGAAAUCAAAGAUCUUGCUGACAAACUAAAGAUAGCUGAAGGUAGGCAAGAGGAAAUCCAACAAAAAGGGCAAGCUGAAAAAAAGGAAUUGCAACAUAAAAUUGAAGAGAUGGAAGAAAGGGAGCAAGAACUUCAAGCAAAAAUAGAGGCUUUGCAAGCAGAUAAUGACUUUACCAAUGAACGGCUAACUGCUUUACAAGUCCGGUUAGAACAUCUUCAGGAGAAAGCUCUUAAAGAACACAUCAGCUUAGGCAUACAAGUUGAUGACUUCGUUCCUAAAAUUAAUGGAAGCACAGGAAAAGAGCACUUUCUUUCAAAGAGUGGAGGGGACUGCACUUUUAUUCAUCAGUUCAUAGAGUGUCAGACAGACAAGCUCAUGGAUGAAGGACAUCUUUCUCGAACGGAUGAAACAAAGAUACUGAAAGAAAAUCAGGCAAAAGCUAAAGAAGCUGAGCUUUCAGAUACUUUGAGCCCAAGCAAAGAGAAAAGCAGUGACGACACUACAGAUGCUCAGAUGGAUGAUCAUGAAUUAAAUGAACCUAUUGCUAAAGUUGCUCUCUUAAAAGCAGAUGAAUUGCAGGGCGCACAAUCAGAAACAGAGACUAAACAGGAAAUUCAGCAGCUGCACCAUGAACUGAUUGAAGCCCAAGAGCUAGCUAGGACCAGUAAACAAAAAUGCUUUGAAUUGCAAGCUCUGUUGGAAGAAGAGAGAAAAGCAUAUCGAUUGCAAGUUGAAGAAUCCACCAAACAAAUCCAAGUUCUCCAAGCUCAGUUGCAUCGAUUACAAAAGGAUAUUGAACGUCUUCAUGAAGAAAAGGAAAAUGUGAUUUCCAGUACACGGAAUGAAUUGUUGACUGCUCAGAAUGAGAUCCUGUUGUUGCAAGACGUGGCAGAAAAGGCCGCAUCAGAAAGGGACACAGAUGUCACUGUUUUAAAAGAGGAGCUUCAAAAAGUAAGAGCGGAGCUUGAACAAUGGCGCAAAGAGGCUUCCAAAUAUGAAAAAGAAAUUGUCAGUCUGCAAGCCAGUUUUCAGCUACGAUGUCAGCAGUAUGAGAAUCAGCAGAGAGAGGAAGCCACUCAUUUGCAAGGUGAGCUUGAAAAGUUAAGAAAAAAGUGGGCUAUUCUUGAAUCUGAAUGUCUCUCAUUAAAGAAGGAGAAUUCUGUGCUUGCAUGUGAACUUCAGCAACAGGAGAAGGAGCUGCAUAACUCUCAGCAACAGAGUUUAGCACUUAACAGUGAUCUGAGUGUUCUGGAAGUAAGCCGAAAGGAACUUGAAAAUAAAAUGGGUUCUUUAAAAGAAGAACAUCAACGUGAUGCAACUACUCUAAAAACACUUCUUAAUGAGGCAGAAAAUCAAGCUAAGGAUGCUCAGAAUGAGUACGAAAAGACACAGACCAUGCUUUCAGAGCUGAGGUUAAAAUUUGAAAUUACUGAGCAGGAAAAGCAAUCAGUCACGGAUGAACUUAAACAGUGUAGAGAGAACCUGAAGCUACUUCAAGAAAAAGGAAAGAAUCCUUCCAUAUUUCCACCCGUCCCAGCCGUUUUCAUCGGCCUUAUCCUGGCUUUCCUGUUUUGGUGUUACAGCCCAUUGUGGUAGAGAAAGAGCCAAUGGCCUUGGAUGCCUGUGAUGGCAGCUUUGGUAGCUGUGACAGCCAUGGUGCUGUACCCAGGCCUCACCAGAGCUUCUCCAUGAGAACUGUUGUUGAAUCCCUACCCCACCCUCCAUCUAGAAGCUGGCAUCAUUCACACAUUAAGGGAAUCAGAGAAUCAUCCUCUUCCUAACCCUUUUUUUACCUCUUAGAGUUUGGCAGCAGCAGGAUCAUUGCUUUACACUGUACAAACUGUAUCUGUUAUAAAGAGAGAAUAAAAUAAUAAUUUCAUUCUAUGGUGAGCAAUAUUAUUGCUUACACAUAUAUGUAAUUCUUAAGAUUGUAUGUCGGAGUCCUAAAUACUCUUAUGGUGGCCUCAAGUAGGCUUCUUGGUACCAAAUUAUUUAUGAUGGUUAGGUGUGUGGGUAUUUUACAUUAAAAAAUUGAUUGCCCAUUUGAAAGCAAUGCAUUUUCCCUUAUUUGGAUACCCAUGCCAAAUAUCCUUUAAAUACUUGGAAGUCGAUGCAGUGUGCUCAGUGCCUUUCAGUUUGAUGUUAUUUGUACAUUAACAUAUCAUUAUUUUUACUUGCUGUGAGUCACUGAGCUAUUGGGAACAAUUUUCUUUUUUUUCCAUAUCUUCUGAUAAAAAUAAAUAUUUUUGUUCAGUAAAAGCCCUAUUUUAUUGAUGACUUGGAGCUUGUAUAAUUCAUUGUCAGCCUUAAAGAGCUCUAGAAAAAAAUGAGUGAAAAGCAUAAGUCUAGACUGUUUUUGUGUGCAUGUGUGUGCCUGAGUGAAUUAAGGUUUUUCUGGGAGCAAAAUCUUGAUUUUCAGAUGAACAUAGUGCAGUAAUCCAAUUUUUAGUUUGAAUGUAAUUUAUUAAAUUUUAUGUAUAUAGACACUAUAAAAACCCAAUGUAUUUUCUCACAUACCACAUUAGAAAAAUGGUUUUUUUCAGUCACUUAUUUGCAGAACCAAACUGGGGAAAGUAGCGUUUGUUUCUUUAAUUGUACUUGUGUUGGCAUAACUUCAUGACAUGAGGUUCUUGAGUGCUUUUAGUGUUAGGGAAAGGAGGAAGAAAAUCAAAUUGGUCCAGUUUUCAAGGAAGGGUGGAAUCUUAAUUGGUCCUCUGUGUACCAAUUUAUGGUGAAAGAAUGUGGUGUCCAUGAUUAAAAGCUUCACAUCACAAUUUGUUCGACCUUAAUCUGAAUGUUUCUAGUUGAGUAUUGGUUAUAAAUAGGAACAAUCAUAACUUAUACCUGAUUGUGCUGGUUUUCAGUACAUAUCAGUUCAGUUUAUUAAGAUCUGUAAUAAUAUAAAAAGAAUUGAAAGGUGAAAUGAUUCAGCUGAUAGAAAAUUCAUAGGAAGAUUUUUCUCAACUAAAAUUGAGUUGUUUUCAAGGAUUUAAUGGCAAUCAAAAUCUAGUUCAAUAUUUAAAUAGACUUUUUAGAUUAUUUGCCUUUGAGGGUCAUUUUUAUUUUAAAGGUUCUAUCUUACGCUAUUUGGAAUUUGUUAAUAGGAGGAUCCUUUAGAUUUAAGGGAAUGUUAGUUCACAAAUGUAGAAAAUAUCAUUUUUGUUCAUUUCAUUAUUUUCAGUUGCAGGAAACUGUAACUCACCCACAACACACACAUGCCAGUGGUACACAGUACCUCUUGUAUAUAGGUUAUUGCAAAUAUUAUUCUGAAAAUGCUUAACUUCAGAAUUACAUUUUUAAAAGUAAAUAAUUGUUUUAAAUCUAUUUUGUAAAGAUAUAAAAAACAAUAGAAUUUCUGGAGUACAGAUUGAACUAUUUGCACUAACACAUGUGAUGUGCAUGAUUUAAUAAAAUAA